AUGCGUGAGAAAUUAGGAACUGAAUCAGAGUCUAAGAAAAGAUAUAAAACAGUAUCUUCUACAAAAGAUAUUCCACAAGCUAUUAGUGAGGAUGCUAGUUUACACUAUGCUAUUGCAUUUGAAGAAACUAUUAUUCCUGAUCCCUCACCUGAAAUAGAACAUAGCCGGACAAAAUCUGAAGAAUCAGAGAUUCAAUACUCUGCAUCACCCUCUGCAAACUCUUUACUGGAAGAUGAUAUAUCUAAAUAA